CAGCCUGCACACAGUUCCUCUCUGCUGCUCUUUUUCCUUUUCCAUUUUUUUUCCUCAAUGGUUUUGUUUGCUCGCCUGUUGGUUACUACUGUGGGUUUUUUCAUGGGGGAUUUGGACACCGGGAGGAUGCGCUUUUUGGAGGAACAAAUAAAAGUUAUCUCUUCGGACAGUCCGGGGUUGUUUUAGUGGAUACAUUGAUGCUUUUCGGGUUGGAAUGAACAAUGGUGCGGAUCCUUGGAGCUGUGGCCGGGGGCAUGCUCUGGUUUCGGCUACUGUUGCUGUGCGUCGUGGAGUUGGAGCUGGGAGCCGGGGUUUCUACUUUCCAGGGUUUCUAUCUUCCACCUGCGAACGGGUCGCUGCUCACACCUGCCCGGAGGACAGACGGGGUCGUGCGGACCAUUGACCGGAUUUACCACGGAGGAGGGAAGGUGGGCUACCUGGUGUACCUGGAUGGGAGCCGGUUUCAGCUGGACAUGGAGCGGGAUGAGUCGGUGCUGUCGCAUCACUUCAGCCCCCAGUAUGUGCUCGCGAUGAUGAGGGACAGCCCUGCGCCUUUGCAGCGGGAAUGCGCGUACCGCGGCACGGUGGACUCCAACCCGGAGUCCCUGGCCGUCUUCAACCUCUGCGGCGGAGGUCUCGAGGGCUUCUUCGCUGUGGACCACGCGCGCUACACCAUCACGCCUAUCAUCAGGGCGAAGGGACACGAGCACGACGUGCGCGCCCUGCAGGACAAGGACGCGGAGAGCGCGCUCCAUGUGUUCACGCGCGAGAGUUUCAGCUUCGAGGCCAUGCGCGAGGGGCGCGAAAGCUGCGGGACGCGCGACGGGCGCAGAGGACGCAGGGAUGCGGCGGGGAAACGCCGGCGCAGAGGUCGCGGGAAGGGGAGACGGGACAGAGAGAGGCUCGUGGAGGAGAGCGCAGAUGACCACGGCGCACACGGGCGAACAUGGUGGAGCCGGCUCGCCAAAGCGCCGGAGCAUGGCGCGCGGAGCAAGAGGUCGGUCUCUCGCGCCAGGCACGUGGAGCUGCUCCUGGUAGCCGACGACACCAUGACCAAGAAAUACGGCAAAGACUUGAACCACUACCUGCUCACGCUGGCCUCCAUCGCCUCCAAGCUGUACGGCCACGCGAGCAUCGAGAACCCCAUCCGGCUGUCGGUGGUGAAAGUGACCGUGGUGACGGAGAAGGAGAAGGGGCUCGAGGUGUCCAAGAACGCAGCGGCGACCCUGAAGAGCUUCUGCAAGUGGCAGAACCAGCAGAACCCGCUGGACGACGACCACCAGCACCACCACGACGCCGCCAUCCUCUUCACCAGGCAGGACCUCUGUGGCCACCACUCCUGCGACACCCUGGGCAUGGCGGAUGUUGGCACCAUCUGCUCUCAGGAGAGAAGCUGCGCCGUCAUCGAGGACGACGGGCUCCACGCUGCGUUUACUGUCGCACAUGAGAUAGGUCACCUGCUCGGUUUGUCUCACGAUGACUCAAAGUUCUGCGAGGAGCGUUUCGGAGUGAACAGCGACAAGCGGCUCAUGUCCUCCAUCCUCACCUCCAUCGAUGCCUCCAAACCCUGGAGCCGCUGCACCUCAGCUACCAUCACAGACUUCUUUGAUGAUGGCAACGCCGAGUGUCUCCUAGACUCUCCCCGUGUGCCCCUGCUGGGCCCUGAGGAGCUCCCAGGGCAGAGCUACGACGCCGUCCGCCAGUGUCGCCUCGCCUUCGGCCCCGAGUACACCGUCUGUCCCGGCAUGGACGUGUGUUCUCGCCUGUGGUGCGCCGUGAUCCGUCAGGGACAGAUGGUGUGUCUGACCAAGAAACUGCCGGCCGUGGAGGGAACGCCCUGCGGGAAAGGACGCAUCUGCCUGCAGGGAAAAUGUGUGGACAAGACCCGCAAGAGACACUACUCAGCGUCCAACCACGGCAGCUGGAGUUCCUGGGGUCCUUGGGGUGCGUGCUCCAGAACUUGUGGAGGCGGGGUGCAGUUUGCCCAACGCCUGUGCAACAACCCGCCACCACGAAACAACGGGCGCUACUGCACGGGGAAGAGAGCCAUCUAUCGGUCCUGCAAUGUCAUGCCAUGUCCAGCUUCAAAUAAGAAUUACCGGCAGGAGCAAUGUGAGGUGCGCAACGGCCCGCAGACGGAUCCUAAAGGGGUGAAGACGUUUGUCGAGUGGGUACCCAAGUAUGCAGGAGUCCUCCCUAAAGAUGUGUGCAAGCUAACCUGCAGAGCAAAAGGAACAGGAUACUAUGUGGUGUUCUCCCAGAGGGUGGUAGAUGGGACGGAGUGUCGUCCUUUCAGCAGCUCCGUGUGCGUGAAAGGGAAGUGUGUGCGGACGGGCUGCGACGGCAUCAUCGGCUCCAAGCUCCAGUUUGAUAAGUGUGGUAUAUGUGGAGGGGACAGCACAGGGUGUAUACGGGUUGUAGGCAACUUCACCAAGAAGAGUAAGGGCUACACUGACGUGGUGAAGAUCCCUGCAGGCUCCACCCACAUCAAGGUCCGUCAGCACAAGGCCAAGGACCAGACCCGCUACACCGCCUACCUGGCCCUCCGACGGCCCAACAACGAGUACCUCCUAAACGGCAAGUUCAUGAUCUCCACCUCUGAGACAAUCAUUCCACUCAACGGUUCUGUGCUCAACUACAGCGGCUGGAGCCAAAGGGACGAGUGGCUCCACAGCAUGGGUCCCGGGGCCCUUCAAGAAGCCUUGGUGAUCCAAAUUCUAGCAACAGACGCUAAAAAGCCAUUAGAUGUUCGUUACAGCUUCUUCAUGCCCCGCCGGACGGCCCCACAGCAGCCGUCAGCUCCACUCAUCCCCAAACCAAAGUCCACCUCAACACAAAGUACCACAACCACGACGAGAACCUCCACCACCACCACCACCAGUAGCACCACUACAACCUCCUCCGCUCCCCCUGCCCUGGCCCCAAGGCCACCCACAGCUCCAGGUCCCCCCACCCCAACCUCAGGGCCCCGCUGGGUAACAGGGUCCUGGAUGACCUGCUCCAGGACUUGUGACACAGGCUGGCAGAGCCGGACAGUGCAGUGUAAGGACCAGGAUGGGAAACUAUCCAAGGGCUGCACGUUAAGUGCCAGACCCUCCGCCUUUAAACACUGUCUGGUGAAGAAAUGUUGAGGCUGCCAGAGAGGGAAAAGGAUUCAUGAGGCAAGAUCCAAGAUGAAUCUGUACGUCUGAUAAAGGUCUCAAGUGCUGGAUGUAGGACUAUGGACCAAUGAAUUUAAGAACCUUUAACAUGACUGUGAAUGUUGGCUGAAAGAGCCUGGACCAGAUCCACAGAGACUCAGAGACAGAUUGUUGUGGAUGUACCAGAGGAUUGUCCUGGAAUCACAGUAGCUAUGCAGAGCACCAGUGGAGCGGAGGACAGUAUCCGUCUGGCCCUGGCAUAGCUGACGACUUCAAUUGCAUGUCAUUUCCACAUGGACAGUAACUGAUUGUCUUUACGUCAGUCUCCAAACCCUGGAGGCUUAGUGUGUGUUGCCCUGUAAUGGCAUGCCUGUCGUGUUUUUUAUGCUAUUCCAUGUGUUCUAAUCACUGUGGGGAUUUGGAAGUUGCAACCCCUUUGUCUUUCGUCAUGAGUGUGUCCGAGACAAGAGCCCCAACGACGGGAAGCACUCGUUAUUCACUGUGUCGUCUUUCCUGCCUGCAGGGUAGCUCUGUCCCACGUCCAUCAUAUGACAUCCCUUAUUACUCCUGGACAUUUCAGUCUCUGAACAACUCAUAGAAGUCGUUACAGGCAGUAUGUUGAAAGGAUGACCUCACCGGAUGGUAGGUAAUCCUUGUAACAACUGCUAAGACACCAAAACAGGUUUGUUCCAUCAUGAACAAGAAGGUACUCGUGAUUCGAUCAAAUUUUGAGAGUUCUGACUUAGCCUAGCUACACCCUUCCAUUAAAACCUUUUUUCACACAAGAAGAAUGCCUUUGCAGGACUUUGCAGUUACAUAAACAGAAACAUCUUUGUGACGAAAGAUGCUUUCACGCGGAGCAAGCGAACCAAUCAUAAGCCUCCGCUGAUGAUGUAUUUGAAAACCACAACUUAUUUCUGAUUGUGGAUCAUGAAACACCAUCUCAAAAACUUUUUGAGUAUUGAAUAUAUUACUGAACAAAAACAUCUUGCCCACCAUGUUCCCAGAAAUAAUUACAGACAUCUUCAUAAGCACAUUUUCUUUUAAGGUUAAGUUUUACGGCGGUUAUCAAAUCACCAGUGUUGUUUGAAAGGUUAUUCCAAUAAUUCACCUCAAGUGCUCGAGUUUUCAUGAAAACCAGGCAAAUAGUUUUUCAUAAUCCUGCAAACAAACAAAUCCUGUAAAAUUGCACCAACUUAAGUGCAUCUUUGCAGUCUUAUUUCCUUAUCUUCUGAUUGCCUACCAAUAUUUCUCCUGGAGAAGAUUUUAUGAGCCACUCAGUGACAGAAAUGUCCAAGUUGCAGGAGAUCAACAUGCAUAUGAUGGUCCUGGAGCAGCGCUACCCACAUGCCCUGACUACAAGCAAUCUGUGUUUUUAUUUGACUGAUCUGUCCAGCUGAAAAGUGAGAAGCAGCACAGAAAGAAGGGACGACUGAUGAUAAACUAUUUCCCAUAGUGGUGACCAAGAAUGAACGGGUGACUGAACCCAAACAUUUGGUAAAUGGUUUGUGCAUUGCAUCCAGGGUCCAGUCAGUCUUAAAGGUACUUCUCUGCUCGUGUUCUUAAAAAGUUUCUCCGCUCCUGUGCAGCAUGGAAACGGUAGCAUCGUGUGAUGGAAAAGUAGCGUAUAUUGGCCUUCAGAGGACAAACUUUAAACAGUUAAAUUGACAAAGGGGCAAAGUAACUAUGACACUCCUUAAAAUUUACGGAGGUUAAUGAUGACUUACAGGUUUGGGGCAAUGCUUGAUUAUAUGGUAUGUUUGUGUGUGUGUGUGUGUGUGUGUGUGUGUGUGUGUGUGUGAUAUGUGCGAGCGGUAUGUAUGCAUCAGCCCUCAUGUCUUAUUGUGGCAGUCAUUACCUGUUUGUUUGUCUGUUUAUCUGUUUAGGAAGCAAUGCUAAUAUGACAAUGUGUGCCCUGGAUACUCGCAACGACAGCAAGGGAGAUACUAAUGCAGUCAUUAAUGUCCUUUUGCAAUUCAACUCUUUCUUCAUUCUUUCUUUUAAUCACUCAUUCUCUAUUUGCAAGUUAUUGUUUUAAUCGUCUCCAACCCUGAUGGGCGGUGUUUGCCACACUUCUGUUUAGAUUGUGCCACAGAAUGGAUGGUUUUGAAGGGUUAGUUCACCCAGGUUUUAAGAUAUCAAUAGUGCCAAUCUUCAGCAGAAACGUGUAACUCAGACAAUCUACAAAAAUACACAUUACGCACAUACGCCAUUUUCUUGCCGAGAAACUGUUUAGAACAUUGAUACCUCACAUGGCUGUCAUUAAAAUGUGAAGCUGGAACCAGGAAGUGGUUAGCAUAGCUUAGCAUAAUGACUUGAAGUAAGGAAAAGCAGCUAGCUUGGAUGUGUCAAAAGAUUAAAAAAUAUGCCUGCCAAUGUCUCUUGAUUAAAAUGUCAUAUUUUGCUUGUUUAAUCUCAUCUAAAGUGUAAAAACGACAACUUCCCUUUUUACGGUUUUAAUGCUAAGCUAACAGUCUGCUAGUGUUAGCUUUAUAUUGAAUUUACAGAUCCUUAGUGAGUGAGGUAUUGAUUUUCUAGUCUAAUUCUCAAGAAAGUGAAUAAUACCUUUAAAAAUAUAUAUGUAUUACUCCACCUAGGUUUAGUAAAAAAAGAACAAUGUUUUUUAAACUGGGUGAACUUAUCCUUUAAAAUCUUCCUCAAAAUCUCACAAUAUCAUGUAAUAAUUUGGUCAUUUAUUAAGGAAACAUGUUGACAGUGUACAUUACAUAUCAAAUAGGCUUUUUUUCAAAUACUUUCUAUGUUUUCUCAUGUGGCAAACAUCACCCAUCUGACACCUGUGCAGGAGAAAACAAACCACAAGAAAAGUUUUCAGAUGGUACAUGACCCCGGGUCAACAUACCACUCACACACUGUCCUCUCUUCUUCCCUCACACAUUCAGAUUUAUUUACACAAUGUAGACAUUUUUGUACAAUGAGUAGAUCUAUCAUAUAUGUGUUAGUAUUCAACCAUAUUUACACAGAAAUGUACACAUAGAGACACUGAAACAAUCCAUCAGAUCCACAGAAUUUUCAGAAACCCUCUCUCUCACACACACACACCACAAACACACACACACACACACACACACACACACAACCGACUCUUCCGGUGGGGAAACCCCUCUCGCUGAACGACAGAAACACAGCACUGAACUUGUAAUUUAUUGUUUGUACAACUGGUAUGUGUGAAUAAAAAAAAAACAAUGAGAUGAGUUUUAUUUAUUAUAGUAAUUUUGUAUCAAAUUACUAUUUAACUUAGGAAUAUGACUGUGCAGAAUCAUUCCUUUGUAAGAAUAUAGUGUUUCUUUUCUAGUCAUCCACAUGAAUAUAUGUACAUAAAAUCUAUAUAUUUAAAUAUCUUUGUGUCUGUGUUGUUAAUUUUUUCACUGCAUUAAUGAUUUAUUGACUGUCAUUGCAGCCGGGGAAUGAGUGAGUGUAAUGGCGCAGCAUCAGCACUUUGAACCGUUAUUUUGUGUCUCUCAUAUU